GGGAAGAGUGAGCGUGAGGGAAGAGUGAGCGUGAGGGAGGGAGUCGAUCCCCUAUGCUCUAGCGGGUGGCAUCAUAUAUGUAGACGAAUGCACGCAAACACCAUCCUCCUCUCCUGCGCACUGCACACACACACACACACACACACACACAGACAGACAUACACACACAGUCCGUCGACCAAUUAAUUGAUGGAGAGCCUGCCUUCACCUGUCUGUCACUUCCUUCUUGUGCUUCAUGCUGCGGGAGCUGCAAAGAGUAUCAUGCACACUCCCACAGCCGCCACCCCGAGCGCAGUGCCGACGACACACACUCCACACACCGCGAGCAUCGUCCCCAAGGCCUGGCAAAGGCAACAACGAUGGAGGCCGAUUGGAGGGCGCGGAACAGACGAAUGAGCGAAAGGUGCGGCCAUGACUGACCUGGAUAGCCAUGUUGUCCGUGGUGGAGGGCAGGGUCGGAGCGCCGGGGGAGCUGACGGGGGUGGGCCACGGCUCGGCCACGAGGGCAAACACAUCCGAAUCCUUACUGCAAGAAAGGAACACACAAGGUCGACCACAUGUGCACGCAUCUUGAGUUGUCUGACUUGCCUCGUGCUCGUGAUGAUCUCAGUUUCGUCCACAAUCUCGCCAUUGCGCGUCAGGUGCUUCACCGUCACUCUCAAAGCCUGGUUCAGCUGCACUCAGACACACAGCGAACACUCACUCUCACAGACACACAGAGGCAGAGUCUCUGCGUGCAGAUGCACACCUCUUGGAUGUACUGCUUGGCCGUCUUUCGGUCGUCAACGGGCAGCAGGAUGGCCAGCCCUGGGACGCCGGUGGCCUCACCCGCGCGAAGCCUCAACAUCUGGGUGACCGGCAUGGUGGGGAAGCUGCUGGGGUAGAAAGAUGGUGUCGAGAUUCGUCUGUCUGCGAAGGUGGCGUGCCCGCCGCUUACCAACACAAGACAGGCGCAUCUCACAGCUGAGCUUGCAGAUGAUUCCGAUCCCUCCUUUUCUUUCUGUG